UGGCGAAUGAUAGCAUCAAGGGCCAAUUAUUGUAUUACCAUAAGCACUAUGGUUUUGCUCUGAUUCGUGUAACUAUGGGUCGACCUGCCGAGUUGGCUCACUUUGGAAAUGAAGUUAACUUGGCGCAACUUGUGUAUGUUCUCGGGAGAGAUGAAAACUUCAAUAUACAACUAAGCAAUGGCAGAGUCCAGUAUGAAGGCCCAACCAUAUAUGAGUAUCACCAUCACAUGCACGUGGAAGCUGUAGUCCAAUAUACAACUAAGCAAUGGCAGAGUCCAGUAUGAAGGCCCAACCAUAUAUGAGUAUCACCAUCACAUGCACGUGGAAGCCGUAGUCCGUGAAUGCACACUUGGAGGGCCAGUCAUAGAUGAAAAUGGCAAUGUUGUGGGAAUGGCAAGUCUUUCUGCAAACAUGGGUUUCAUACCCUCUUCAGUCCUGCUCAAAGUGCUUGCACCUCUGGAGGGUACACGGAUGCAUCCCUCGGAUUCAGCUUGGAAUGAAGUUUUCACCCAUUAUCUUCCAAAACCUUAUUUAUAUGGAGAAGAUCUCUCGCAAGUGUAAUACCGAGACAGGUCUUAUUGUUGAAGAGGUGGCAAGAGGAUCAGUUGCUGAGAAACUUGAUAUGAGAAAUGGUGAUAUAAUUUUACCGGUGAAUGGAGAAUGUAUUGCCACUACAAUUGAGCUGGAGCUUAUGUUGCUACGCAUAUGUGAGGACAAUUUAGUCAGAGGAAAUGGGCCAGGUUCAAAUGUGGAUAUACCGGAAAAUGAUCGUUUGUACCUUGAACUAUUACACGAGUUGGGUUUCCUCUUGGACUCUAUAACUAGAUAA